AUUGAAUAUAGUAUUAGAGUGGGUACUGGGUAAUGAGUAUAUUCCAUAUUAUCGUACGAUAUAUUAAAUAUAAAUUGCUUAUUCAAUAUUCAUUAUUCAUAGUCCAUACUCAAUAGAUACUAGUUAAUAGAAAUUACUGUAUUAGAAGCUUGCUCAGAGUAAAGUAUUGUAUUGAAUUAUUAAUUUAAAAUGGAUAGUGAAGAAUACACUGGUAAACCAUACAAAAUAAUUGAUUCAAAGCGUGAACACAAAAUCGGUAUCGUGGCAACUUCAUUAUCUGAUUUUAUGACUAAAGCUCAACAAAAAUUUGACAUAAGUGAAACCAUUAAAGUCGUUCUUGAAUCUGAUGGCACCGAAAUUGACGAGGAAGACUAUUUUGACACUUUGGAAAAUAAUACAUUAAUUAUGAUUUUAAAACCUGACCAAAAAUGGUGUCCAUAUAAUGAUAUAAGCAUUAAACUUACUGAUGAUCAAAUUGAUGGCACACAGAGUUUAAACAGUUUGAUUCAACGUUUACAAAAUGAUAUAGGUCAAAUAGCAUUCUUGGGUGGUUGCGAUCUUGAACUUUUAUCUGAUAUGGAUCCAGACAGUUUGGUUGAUAUGGCAUUUGACAGGUCAUUUCUAGAUCAAAUUAAGGAAGCUAGUGGACGCUUUCUUUAUGAAAAACGAGAAGCUCAAGAUGCAAUAAAUUUGCUCAAACUCUACCAUGCCUCGACAAUCGGUCAAAAUUCAUCCAAGAAAAGUAAAGUUUAACAACUGUGUUUAUGAAAUUAAAAUAUUGCAUUUUUUAAAUUAUUUUACAACCAAACACAUAGUUUGAUAAAACAUUUACAAUAAGAAAGUUUUAAGUUAUUUUAUCACUGUAAAACUAUUUAUAUUAAAUGGUGUUACUUUAUUGCCAUUAAAUUAUUAUUUGUUUGUUUAGUUAAUAAUCACUAUAAAGCAUUUGAAAAAUAUUAAUACCAAAAAAGGUGUAGUAUUCUUAUUAUAUUUUGUGUAUGUUAUGUGUGUUUGAUUAGUGUUAUUAUUAAGAUUACCUAUAAUGUUUUACCACUAAUAGAUAUUAAAUUUAAUUUAACUUUACCAUUGUUUUUAGUCAUUAAAUUUAGAAAAAGGAAAUGUAUUAAAAUAUUUUAAAUGCAUUAGUUGAUAAAAAUAAAGUAAUACAGAAACAGAAUAAUCAACUUAAUUAUAUGAGUAUAUAUAUUUUACUAAGCAUGAGAUUGAAACUGAAUCAAUCUAUUAAAAAAAAAAAUAUUUUAAAAUGUCCAGUUAGAACGCAUCUCAUUAAUAUUAUUUAAAUAAAUAAAACAAAAUUUGAAGUGUCCAAAGAUAUAAUUUAUAAAAUUAUAAUAAUAAUUAUGUGUUUGCUUAGAUGAUUGUAAACAUAUUAUUUUUGAAAUUUCAUAAUAUACCAUUAUUACUAAUCUAAUCAAGUUGUGUUGGUGCUAUUCUGGGUCUAAGCAAAAUAUUAGUGAUGUCAUAUCACUUUUCAGUGAAAACAUUAAUAAAUAUAAUAUUAUAAAAUCCAAAUAUAAAGUAUUGCAAUAAAUAAUAAGAACAAGUACCAUAAUAUUAAGUUGAUAAAUGUAAACUAUUAAAUAAAUGCAUUGUUCCUAAUUUAGUAUAUUUAAAAACAGAUUAAAUAUAUCCUAACAAUAAAUAUAUCAUUGAAAAAAUUUAACCAAACUGUUUAUAAAAUAAAUUUAAUUUAAAAACUAAUAUGCAAUCAUGGAAAUUUAAAUAUUUUUUUUUUGUUCUGUUUUUUAUUCUAACCUAAACAUUUCAUAAAGUUGGUAUAAAAAACAUUUAAAUAAAAUAAAAUAAUCAAUUGCCAUCAACAAAUGCAUUUAAAAAUGAUUUUUGUGUUUAAAAUUUUUAUAAUUGUGUAACUCUUGACUUGACUGUUUUAUAUUUUUAUACUGUCUUAUUUUAUCAUUUUUUAGUUUAUAUGAUUGAUUUUUUUUAUCCUUUUAUUAAUCACAAAUAUGUCUGAACUAUGCAACAUACCUACAAAUUUAAAUUUAAAAUAAAUUCUUCCUUUGUUUUUUAUUUAGACCGCUUUACAAUUAUUCUGAAAAAUUAGGUUGGAAAUUUGUGUUAUAUAAAAAAAAUGUUUAUGCAGUUUAUUGUAUUUUACUUUCUUUAAUUCAAAAUUCAUAUUGAAAUUAACUUAGUAAAAUGUUAAGUAACGGACCAUUGUUUAAUAAGGGUAAUUAUAAGUUAUUAUUAAGAAAAAAUUGUAUUCAAUUUUUUUUUUUUUGAGCACUGCCAUAAGUGUCAGUGGCGUAAUGGUGAGGAGGUUUGAAUGUUGUAUCUCCCCAUGACCUUUUUCUUUUGUUUUUUUUAAAUGACAAACACAUACAUAAAUAUAAGUAUUAAUUUAAAGUCUUCACCAGAGCAUAUGUUUUAAACUCUGAAAAAAGAGAACACAUAUUAUCUAAGAAACACAAUAGCUGAGAUUUGAAUCCUAAUUUAAAUAUAUUUUUCAUACAUUUUUGUGGUAGAGAUUAAAUUUAAGUGUAAUUCUUUAAUUUUUUACUCUACAGAAUCAAUUAAAUGGUCUUGCCAUGUCGGCAGUACAUAAAAAUGUUAAAAUUAACCCUGAAGAAGUACUUAAUAAAUUAGGAUUAAAGCCACAUAGAAUGGAUGUUUUAUUGUGAUUUGUAAUGAAAUUGUAUCUUGGUACUAAUAAAGUUUAUACGUAUUUGAAAAUUUGAAUAUUUAAAUAUUAUGUUAUAUGAAUUUUAAAAUGUACAGAUCACAACGGUUAUAUUGAAAGGAGUUUAUAUUAUGAUAUAAACCAAAUUUUUUUGAUGAUGAGGGGAGAUAAUUGACAAAAUGAACAACAUUUUAUCCUUGCCUCCCCCCUCAAAAAAAGAACCAUGUCUAAGUUACGCCACUGAUAGAUAUUGGAACUAGUAAUUUAAUAUUUUGAUACAAUUAGGAUAUUAAAAAAUAUCCUAGGUAAUUACAUUUUUAAAUGUUCUAGUGGUUUAAAACUUUAAAAUGCACAAUCAUAAUAUAUUAAUCUUGUAAUCAUUAAUUUUUUAGUGCACAAUUAUAUAUUCAAAUAUUAAAUCAAUAAAAUUGUUUAUGUGGAUAAUAAAAUAGGCCUUUGGCAGUCAAAAUUAUAA